AUGUCCCUACAGAUCCCUCAUAGAGCAAGACCAGGUAGUGCUGCUCAAGCAGCAACAAAGGCUGUCAUUCUGGUUGGUGGACCAUCCAGAGGAACCCGCUUUAGACCAUUGUCCUUGGAUCUUCCAAAGCCACUCUUCGAAGUUGCUGGUCAUCCCAUCGUCUGGCACUGUCUGACCGCCAUCGCAAAAGUCCCCUCCAUUGAAGAAGUAUGCAUGAUCGGUUACUACGACGAAUCCGUUUUCCGCGAUUUCAUCAAGGAUGCCGCACACGAAUUCCCUCAAAUUAAGAUCGUUUACCUUAGAGAAUACCAAGCUUUGGGAACUGCUGGAGGUUUAUAUCAUUUCAGAGAUGCUAUCCUCAAGGGACGGCCAGAACGUUUCUUCGUUCUCAACGCAGAUGUCUGCUGUUCAUUCCCAUUGAAUGAUAUGCUUAAGUUAUUCGAAGAUAGAGAUGCUGAAGCUGUUAUUCUUGGUACCCGUGUCAGUGAAGAUGCUGCUAGCAACUUCGGUUGCAUCGUUUCCGAUUCGCACUCCCGUCGAGUUCUUCAUUAUGUUGAGAAGCCAGAAUCGCACAUCUCGAACUUGAUCAACUGCGGUGUUUAUCUCUUCGCAACCGAAUGUAUCUUCCCUUCCAUCAGAACUGCCAUCAAGCGCCGUACCGACCGUCCACGUCUUGUUUCCUACCCAUCCUCCGAGAACCUCGACUCCUCAUUCUUCCAAGAUGAUGAAGAUGUACAAAAGAAUGAAGUUCUUAGAUUGGAACAAGAUAUUCUGAGUGAUCUUGCCGACAGCAAACAAUUCUUCGUUCAUGAGACCAAGGAUUUCUGGAGACAAAUCAAAACCGCUGGCUCAGCUAUUCCAGCCAAUGCCUUAUACCUCCAAAAGGCAUCGCAAACUGGUUCUAAGGAAUUGGCCAAACCAUCUGCCAAUAUCCUCGGACCAGUAUUCAUUCAUCCAACUGCACAUGUCGACCCAACCGCCAAACUUGGACCUAAUGUUUCAAUCGGUCCUCGUGCUGUUAUUGGCCCUGGUGUCAGAGUAAAGGAGUCUAUUGUCUUGGAAGAUGCUGAAAUUAAGCAUGACGCUUGUGUUCUCUACUCAAUUAUUGGAUGGAACAGUAGAGUCGGUGCUUGGGCUCGUGUUGAGGGAACUCCUACACCAGCUAAUAGCCAUACUACCAGCAUCAUCAAGAAUGGUGUCAAGGUUCAAAGUAUUACGAUCUUGGGUAAGGAGUGUGGAGUUGGUGAUGAAGUUCGUGUGCAGAACUGCGUCUGUUUGCCAUUCAAGGAGUUGAAGAGAGAUGUUUCCAAUGAAGUCAUCAUGUAA